AUGGAGUUCUUCAACUGGUGCAUAAUCUGGCUGAUGAUCUUACUUUCUUUGUCAUUUCCAUUGCGGUCAUGCGCGCAAGCCUCGAAUGGCUAUGAUCCUUUAUCCUUGACUAAUUUCCUCCGUGAUUACGCAAAUGCAAAUCUAAGUAACCCUCACACCGGCACGCUGAACAACAUUUCUCUCCCGGCUAAUUUUUCCGGCAUGGAAGCUUCAUUUGUUAGGAUCCUUACUGCAAAGUUUUGGAGUAGAGGUGCAAAUUUCAGUUCAUUUUAUAUCCCACCAAGGGUUAUACCAAUACCUUCUGGCAGAAGGUUAGCUAUAGUGUUUGAAAAUUUAGGCAAUUGGUCUUCACUUUACUACAAAGUGUCAAAUUAUACAUUGGUUGCUCCUGUUGUUGGAUUCAUGGCUUAUGAUUCUCCAAAUGCAACAGCAAUUGGCAACCAGAAGCUCACUUUCACUACCGAGGGUGACCCCAUCACAAUCCGGUUUCCUCACAUUGAUGCUGCGGAAGGGGAGAAUGUGACACGAAAAUGUGUCCAAUUUGGUGACGGGGGGAGCUUUGAGAUCACUAACAUGAUUAGUGAAAAAGAGUGCAUUACGCGCGGUCUAGGGCAUUUCAGUGUUGUUGUUCCAUCCCCGUCAGCACCAGCACCAGAACCGUGGCCAGGGUGGAAGAAAAAGAGGCACCGUAAACUGUUUGUGAUUGGAAUUGUGUUUGGGUUAGCAUUUUUGGGGUUGAUAAUGAUAGUUAUAUUCAAGUUGCAGACGAGGAGGAAACUUAAAUCUAUGGAGAAGCAAUCUGAAAAGGAUGUGGCGUUCGAUACAUUUUGGGUUGGGAGAAGUAAAAUGCCUUCUGCAUCCAUGACUAGAACUCAACCCUACCUUGAACAUGAAGAUGUUCCUUGA